CGAUGGAGGACCAGAAACUGUGUUAUUUGUAUGUAUUUUAAUUAUUAUUAUUCAUGAAUAAUAUAAUGUUGGUACCUACAUAUCAAUCAUAUCAUGUCAAUAGGUAAUUAUUGUUUGAACAAUAAUUAUUAUUUUGAUAUGAUUAUUAUUAGGAGAUAGUACUUGUAAUUACUUUUGAUAAUGAGUAAUAAUACUUUUGUUAAUAAUUUUACUAUAUUAUUUUAAUAUAUUUUAUUAAAGUCAAAUUUUUUUAAAAAUUUUUUUUGGUCAGACACUUGGUUUUUAUAUUUUCUACAGGCAAAAAUCUUUCUAGUAUUUAAAUAAAAUUAUAUAAUGUAUUUCGUAAGUUUAUAUUUAUGAUCCAUACAGCCAACUUUAGCCCCAAAUUGUUAACCUCAGAAGUGGAGGACACUUAUUCACACCGGCAAGUACACUAAUGAAACUUGUUUAUAGCUUGGAAACAGCCAUAAUAUAUGUUCUAAAUAAUAAUCAAAUAAAUACAAAUAUUUUUGAAUAUGGUUAGUACUUUAUCAUUUUUAACAAUGUAUUUUUUCCUAAACAUAUAUAUCAUAAAUAUGUAUGUGAUUCCCACCUUGGUUCUGGCAAAAAUACUCUAGCGUGUGCGAAGGCCUGUACAUGUUCUAUGGUUACAAUAUUAUCAUCCGGAUUCGAAUUCUUAUCGCUGUUAUCAAUAAUAAUUAUCAUUAACACAACAAUAGGUAAAUAAAGACAAACACAAAGUGCCCAACGAAAAUUACACGUACUCGUAAUAUUUAAAGCAAAUAUUGACUCAUAUAUUUUAUUAUGUAGUAAUUGUAGUAAAUAACAUCUGGUUUCUACGUGAAACGCAUGAGUGGAGUGUUUUUCGAAAUUCGGUUUAAUUUUAUAUCGUUAUGACGUGGGACCAUUAUUGUAACAUUUGUAACUCAACCUGUCACUGUACUUUGUCGAUUCCGUUUCAAAAGUCAUUGUCAAAGUGUUCGGCUUGGUGCCUGACAACAUUAGUGCUAGAAUACAAUUAGAUCAUAGAAUCAGACAGAAUAAUCAUUCUAUCGACCAUCAAGACAAUUAUGCUUGACGGCUUUGACUACGAGUACGCGCUUCGUGUUUCUGCGUCAACGUGUACAUGUGCCCAGUUUUUGUCCGGAUUGUGAGUACAGCACUAUUAAGGUGCAAUAAUUAAUAAACACGAUUUGGUUUUGUGACACCGGCCUUAAAAACUGCUACGGUACUGUUUUGGUACUGCAAUAUGUUAUUUCAUUAUUAAUAUUUAACAUACUAAUGACCACGAUAGCUAAUAAUUCACACUCACACUUUGUUUUACAGUUUGAUAUGUGUCAAUUUCAUGAAGAAAGGUAAAGUCUCAAACGAGUCUAUUGCGCCAUUUGUCACUGGAUUCUUGUCGUGAGUUUUUAAAACCUAAUUAUACCAUUGUUUCCAUAACACAUUUUUAACUUUAUUUACACUAAUAUAUAGAUAAUACUAUUAUAUAAACUCAAUAUUAUAAUAUUUUUAUAUUAGUUUGAUAUAAACUAUGUAAACAAUAUACAACUUAUUGCAAUUUGAUCAUUAGUCUUGUUAUGAUUUUUAUUUUAUGAACUCAAUUGUUAUAGGAGUUCAUUGUGGAUGUAUUAUGGUAUGCUACUAUCAAACAGAACAUUGGUGUCAGUAAAUGCGUUUGGCAGUCUGUUAUUUGCCACAUACACUUGGAUGUACUAUAAGUACACAACAAAAAAAGUAAGGUAUUUCGUAAAAUAAAUGUUUAAAAAUCAUUCACUUCUAUAAAACACUAGAAAUUAAUUACAAAUUAGUAAACAUAUUAUAGUUUAAGUUGUAGUAAAUUUAUUAAAUUUAUUAGUGUUAUCACAGUUGGACUAGUUUCUAAAGCCCCGGUCAUUAAUCUCUAUAAAGGUCCUAUCUCCAAAAAUCAGAUUUUAGUUAGUGACCCAUAUUUUAUGGAAUAGUACUGUAUUUCAAAAGUAUCUCGUUGUCCUGAAUAAAAUAAGUGUAUUUGGUUGUCACUAUAAUGGCUCCAGAUCACUGAUAAGACAAUAAUAAAAUGCCCCUAUAUUUUAUAUAGGUAUAUAGGUUUCUUUUUGUGUCUGUCACUAUGAAAUAUUUUUUGUUUUUUAUUCUCUGUAUUAUAGAACUAAAUCUAUAUAUUUAAUAUCUACCAUACUACUUACUAUAAAACAUAUUUCAGUUAAAUAAAAAAUAAAAAUAAAUUGUGCCUAAAAGAUUGUGUUUUAAGAAAAAUUUAUAAAAUUAAUUAAACUAUUAAAAAAUGUCAAAAGUGAUCAAAUGCUAGAAAGAUUGUUUUAUUUUUUUUUUUAACUAUACCUAAUAAUUAUAAAUUACAUUGUUUAAUUGUCAUUUAUAGAUACUUUUAAUUAAAAAUAGAUGUUUAUUCAUAAUAAAAAUUAACUUUUUUCAUAAUUCCGUAUUUUGUAUUUUAUAUUUGGCCAUCAAAACUAAAAUAUUUUUCUAACUACCAUUUUAUUCAGGGACUUUUUGUUUACAUCCUAAAAAGUUUUUCAAUAUUAGUCAGUAAUAGUAUUUCUAUAAUAUUUUAUGCUAUGUGAAAUUAAAUAUUAUAAUUUGGUUUUAAUAUUUUUUGAGUAUUUCUUGAGUACUUGGUAAUUUUAACACUAAUUUCUAAGCAUAAUACAUAUUAUUUAAACUAAAUGAUUGUUGAACCAUGACAUACAACAAUGGUUUGGUGAACUUUUUUACCUAUGAAGUCAACAAAAUUUAGAACACUCACUACAUAAAAACAAUUUUUUUUGUUAUAGAUAUUUUUCUUGCUUUAAAAAUUCUAACAUUUUCAAUUGUUAGGUAUAUCUAUAUAUAUAUUCAUAUGUAUAUUAGUGAUAUUUCUUAAUACACACUUCUCAAAUCUGUACCACACAAUUCAAAUUUUAAAUUACACACUGUGUCAGGGUUAAAUAAAGAAAUAGGGACCUCAGAUUAGAUUGUUAAAGCCCUUCUAAAGUUUAUAAACAUAUACCGGUUGAUGUAAAUCAAAAAUGUUGACACUAACGUUUAAUGAAGUAAUACUCUGCCUAUUUAUGGAAUUUUUAAUAUAGGUUCUCAUUUGAAAAACCAAAGUUGUAUGGUAUCAACACAGGAUACUCCUUAAACGUGAAAAAUUCAAGUAUUUGAAAAUAUUUUCCUUAACCACUUAAAAAUUAAAAAAAAAAAAAAGAAUUAAAAUAUAUGCAAAAUUUAACUAUAAAUUGUAUCUUCUGAUGCUAAACAAUUCUGAAUAAUUUCGAUAAAACCUAUGUCAAUGGCACAUGUCAGUGAAUCCAAUGUAACACCUGUGGUACAGCUUUUCUUAAUAAUCUACCUUUAUUCCUAUUACAAUUAUGGAAAGUUCAUGCUGCAAUUAUUAAGGAUAAAGCUUGAACUAAUAAUAUUUGAUGCUAUAAUGGUUGGAAUCAUUCAGUCAACUUGUUGGACAAAAUCAUCCAACAGUUUGGAUGAUGGUAAGUAAUAUAUAGUUGGAAAUAGCAGCAGAUUAAACCAAAUUGGCACAAGUCAUUAAAUAUUGAACAAAAGAAAAGAAAAAUUGAUGAAGACAUUAAAAAAAAAAUUAAAACAAACAAUUAUGUGUAACAUAAAUAAUAAAGUGUAACUACCAUCCUUGACAAAGUAUCUUCACUGGGAAGUCACUUCAAUCUGUUAUUCCUGUGUUGUAUAUUAUUGUAUCAAUUAGGCUUAUUGUUCAAAUUGUAACAAGUCUUUAAAUAAAGAAUCAUAUGAAAAAAAAAAUACUAAAUACUAUUAAAAAUAAGGAUAAAUAAUAUUUUAAUUUUAUUCAUCAUUGGCAAAAUCUAAAACAUAAGUCAUUAUUGGUAGCUUGGUACUUGUACCCUAUAGUAUGAAUCUUAUAAUAAUUUAAUAUACAGUUAACAUAUAUUUUUUUAAUUUACUCAUAAGAAUAUUGGCAUAUCUUAGCCAUUAUAAUUUCAAACUUUAAAUCAGUAAAUACAUUUUUAGCAUAUUUUAUUCUUAAGAAUAAUUUAAUAUUUUUGUAUAUUCUUUAGAAACGUGUUGUGCACUGUGUGAUAUCAGUUGUAGCUUUCAUUUUUUGGAUUGUAUACAUUACUGACACAACUGUACAUCAAACAAAGUUAACAUUGUCAGCACCUGCAGAGUUCCAUCAACAGAAAACAGUUGAAACAGCAGCAGUAGGCCCUUUAGAUCCAAAACAACCAAAUUUAUCCACAACCAUUACUACUGCUAUUGACCGUGUUGGAUUCAUAUGUUGUGUAACUACUAUGUUAUUUUUCGCAGCUCCAUUAUCUAAUUUAGUAAGUGGCGUACUGCACACCAAUACAAAUUAUUUAUAAAACAAAUCUUACACAUUUUUUUUUUGAUAAAUUUGUUUUAGAUUCAUGUAAUGAAAACAAAAAAUACAGAAUCAUUACCUAUGCCUAUGAUUGCAAUGACAUUCCUCGUUUCAGCUCAGUGGUUGGUCUAUGGUAAAAUUUUGCGUGACAAGUUUAUCAUGGUAAAUUAUGAGAAAAAUAAAUGUUAUGAUUAAAUUUUUUUAUUAAACUACUAGGAGAACAAGGGAAUUAAAGUAUAAUACAAAUAUGUGCUUUAUACAAUUUUAAAAUAAUUACCUAUGUUCUAAAAAGUUAAGAUAAUACUUUUUUAAAUUAUAAUUAACAAAUAUAAUUUUACAUUAAAACAUAAGUAUACAUUUCAUAACAAUUGGUUUAAAUGAUUAUUUUAUGUACUUUUAUAACAUUGCUAGCCAAUAAAUAAUUAGACAUUUGUCUUAAUUUUAUUUAUUUUAUGUAUAAAAAAAUUAUUAGUAAUAGGCCAUUCAACAAAAUAAAAAUUAACAUAAAUUAAUUAAUGAAUGAAUGUGCCUGGAGGAAUAUGAUAAAUGUAUUAUCAGAUAUAUCACAGUUAAGGUAUAGGUCUUAGUAUAAGUACUAGGUUACAGGGUACAAUUUAUCAUUAAAAAUUUGUAUUUAAGUUUAUAUUUCUAUAUUUUUGUUGUAGUACCCGAAUGCUGUUGGUUGUAUUCUUUCCGCCAUUCAAUUGUCCCUGUUUAUUGUGUAUUCCAAGAGGUCUUCUAUAUUGUCAACUACUGAUCAUCAUAACUAUCACCAUCCAUAUCCCUAUAAUAAAUUAGUAGAUGCAUGAAUUUUGUACAUAACUAUUUUGUCAAAAAUUUAAAAAAAUUGUGCCUAAUAUUGUGGCAUCUUGUACCGUAUAGACUAAUAUAUACUGUCUGCAAUUAUACAAUUAUAUUUAUGAUUAUUUUAUUACUAUAAAUGUAUUUUAA